GUGUCAUGGAAAAGCAGAACCGCAAAAUCAUAUCCUUCCACGUGACAUCCGUUGAAUAACUAUAUGUUAUGUCUUGGUCGACAAUUCCGUCCCUUUAAAUAUUCACCACUUUCUUCUCUUACAACCAUACCAUCUUCAUCUCUAAGUUUAAGUCAUGUCUACUGGAAAGAUCAAAAUUGGAAUCAAUGGGUUUGGAAGAAUUGGAAGAUUAGUAGCUAGAGUUGCUUUACAAAGGGAUGAUGUUGAACUUGUUGCUGUUAAUGAUCCAUUUAUCACUACUGAUUACAUGACGUAUAUGUUUAAGUAUGAUAGUGUUCAUGGACAAUGGAAACACAAUGAACUUAAAGUUAAAGAUUCUAAGACUCUCCUAUUCGGUGAAAAACCAGUCACCGUUUUCGGUAUUAGGAACCCUGAUGAGAUCCCAUGGGGAGAGACUGGAGCUGAGUAUGUUGUUGAAUCUACUGGGGUCUUUACUGAUAAGGAUAAGGCUGCUGCGCAUUUGAAGGGUGGUGCUAAGAAGGUUGUAAUUUCAGCCCCAAGCAAAGAUGCGCCAAUGUUUGUCAUGGGAGUCAAUGAGAAAGAAUACAAAUCAGAUAUUGACAUUGUGUCUAAUGCCAGUUGCACCACAAAUUGCCUUGCUCCCUUGGCCAAGGUUAUUAAUGACAGAUUUGGAAUUAUUGAAGGCCUUAUGACUACCGUUCACUCCAUCACUGCCACCCAGAAGACUGUUGAUGGACCAUCCAGCAAGGACUGGAGAGGUGGAAGAGCUGCUUCAUUCAAUAUCAUUCCCAGCAGCACUGGAGCUGCUAAGGCUGUUGGAAAGGUGCUACCUGCAUUAAAUGGUAAGUUAACUGGAAUGGCUUUCCGUGUUCCUACCGUUGAUGUCUCUGUGGUUGAUCUCACGGUAAGGCUUGAGAAGAAGGCGACAUACGAUCAGAUUAAGGCUGUUAUCAAAGAGGAGUCAGAGGGCAGCCUAAAGGGAAUUUUGGGUUACACUGAGGAUGAUCUGGUUUCCACCGACUUCAUAGGUGACUGCAGGUCAAGCAUCUUUGAUGCGAAGGCUGGGAUUGCUUUGAACGACAACUUUGUCAAGCUCGUUUCUUGGUACGACAACGAAUGGGGGUACAGCUCACGCGUGAUUGACUUGAUUGCUCACAUGGCGAAGACUCAGUAAGUAGGUGUGAGUUUCUGGAGCAGUUGCGGGUUUGGUUUUAGAUUAUGCAGAGAGGAUAAUUAUGAAUACAUAAUUCCCGAGUUCUGUGUAAUGCUUACUUAGGUCUGCUGUUAGCUAUGCAGUUUCUCUUUUGCGCCACUUAAGUAUCUGUCUAAGAUUUCAUGGAUAAUAUUGUGUUUCUUCGCUAUCGUAGUUGCCAAGUUUGUCUUUCAUUUUGUUUUGCUGCUGUGGUACUUUUCUUCCUUCAAAUUAUGCAACGGUUCAUUAGUUUGGUUUGUAAUUUAACUUGUUGAAACUCUAGACGUGUUUCUGUUCGCA